GGCCCUCAUACGGACGGUUUAUUCGGCUAAUCUGGUGCUUAGUCACGUGUCGCGUGUGAACACUACAUGUAUGCGCCCUGGCACGUGACAUGCCAAUAUGCACAGCACACAUACACGUCGAUACCAAUUUAAGCGCUGUGGACCCUGGCUGGCGCCAGGCGCUACUACUAUUCGUAACAUUUGACUCUUCUGUAUAGCUACGGGAAUAAAAGUGACUGGACCCUGGCUACGCCAGGCGUACUACUCCCCUUACGCCAGGCGUACUACUCCCCUUUAUGACAUCCCACACAUUUGACGUAGCUUUUUGAACAACAAAAGUUCCGAAUCCAUUUGAUGCGUGUUGCGUCUAUUGUCUGCUUUUAUCGCAUCACAGAAGUCUACUUUGGUGGUGAUACGAUUAGCUAUGAGCGUGCUCAGUGCUUCACGUGUCCGUUGUGCGGCCAAAUGGGCUUCACUGAGCGUCGCCUACAGGAGCACGUCGUCACUGAGCAUGACAACGCCAGCAAGGAAGUGGUAUGUCCAUUGUGUGCAACCCUUCCAGGUUGGGAUCCUAACACGACAACGGACAGCCUGGUAGCACAUCUGGCUAUGGACCAUCGUUCUCGUCAGCAGCAGACGGACAAUGCGCAUGAGGGCGAGGGCAUGUCGUAUCCAUCUCACAUCCGCCGCAUGUUGCAAGCCCGAGCUGCCUCUGGCACAUCAUCCGCCACCCCUGCCAGCUCACUGGGACGAUCGCCGUUCAGCUAUGCCUCGCUGAGUCGCUCCCAGCCGCAGGCAUUCGGUGGCUCGGAGUCAAUUCGCAAUGCAGGCAGUGGCGGCGCCUCCUCUGCGGCGUGGGGCGCCUCUCCGCAGUACUCACCCCCACCGAUGGCCUUGGACUCUGCCGUUCCCGUGUCAUUACUGCAGCCUAGUCUUGGUAGUGGUGGCGGUGGCACGGGUUCUGCUGGUUCGUCUACACAGCCGGCGCAGGACAAUAUCAGCCAGGACUUGGUGGACUUCAUCACGCAGAUGUCACAUGGCGAGCAGCCUACGUCAGCAUCCUCUGAUGGCCGUUUGCUUGCAAUAUCGUCCGGCGGCCAGUACGUCUUGCUAUCGGGCAACGGCACGGAGGGAGCGCCGACAAGCGCCAGUGAACAGCGGCGUCUUGAGCGCCUUGAGCGGUCCAACGCCAAGCGGUUCUACUCUAUGGCCGGUGGUGGUGGUGGCAGCAGCGGUGGUAUGUCGCAGGGCAGAGGCGUUCCUUCCUCUCAGCAGUCCGCAUCCAGUGGUCUGCAAAGCCAGUGGGAGUGCCUGAUGGGCGCUAACGCACCGACCGGAGAGUUCAUUCUGGAUAGCGCACUCGAAGAUGUUUCGGCUCGGCCGGCUGCGCCCGAUAAUGAAGCGGAUCGAGAGCUGCGACAACAACGUGCCAGCUUCAGCCAAGAACUCGUCCUGUCCAUGCUCGACGUGACUCUCGAUAGCUCUCUUCUUGAGCACCUUGAGCAGCUCAGUUCUGAAUCAGAGCAGGAAAGUUGAUGUUGGCUCUUUGCUUUCCUAGCUUGUCUAUCAUGUUGUGCUAUUCAUUAUGCUUGUGUGUUAUUCUCAUUGCGCCGCUUAGGUUUUAUUUUCCUUUCAAAUCACCUUAGAGAACAUAUUGAUCGCCAUGCUUUAUCGUGAGCGUCUCGUACUUCGCCGCACUCACCAGCACGGUCCGCCGUGACCUACUGUGACGUCCGUCCUAACCUGUGCAUGGUUAAAACUCUCGACCCCCAGCAGGGCGGAGUCGGAGAGGCGUUGAUCUGGCCCCGCUGAUCUGCUGUUGCUUUGCCAGUGAUAGUAGCACUACACUAACAGCGCAGGCAGCACCGCCAGCUUUCUGAUUCGUUUGAAUUCUUUCUGUGUCGGAGUUGUGUCAGCACUCUCGAACCAUCUCCAUUGCUAAACACUGAACAAUUCGCGUCCUCGUCUCCAUUGAACAGUCCACGUCCCCAUUUCCAUUGCUAACAAUUUGCCUUUUAUCCCCUGCCUCUCUGACAUUUAGCCCCGCUCCUGUGUGUUUGUUCUGAUGUCCUUGUCCGGUUGCAGUAUCUCCUACCCACCCUGUAAACAAGUGCAGGUCACUUUCCAACUAGUAUGCUUGUGUGUGUGUGUGUGUGUGUGUGUGUGUUUAAAAAAAUCACCAAACUAUCAUAUAAUGCUGCUGUUCUGUGCGUGUGUGUGUGUGUGUGUGUGUGUGGUCAAUGUAAGCUGUUGAAUGGUGUAAUCCCAGCACAAGUAACAACGUUAGUUGCUAUGUCUAACAUAGCUGUUCGCUA